AUGGCUACUGCGGAAGAAGUCCGUGCUUUGAGAGAGCAGUUGCAGGCGGUGUUGGAUGCUCAGAAAAAUGCUGCUGAGCAGAAACAGCCGCCUAUUGAUGAGGCAUUUACUCCACUGUACCAGUACCAAGAGCCGCCCAGAGUCAAUGCAAAUAAUUUCGAGCUAAGGACUGGGCUGAUUACCAUGGUACAACAGAACCAAUAUGGAGGUAGUGCCAUAGAGGAUCCGAAUGUGCAUCUGAGACAGUUUCUGGAGUUAUGCAGCACUAUAAAGAUGAAUGGCGUAGCAGAUGACAUUAUUCGCCUUCGUCUAUUUCCCUUUUCACUGCGGGACAAGGCCAAGUCAUGGUACCAUACUCUGCAAUUGGGUGCCAAUCCAGCAUGGGAAGAGUUGGCACACCUGUUUCUGCGAAAGUUUCACCCUCCUGGUCUCACUUUGAAGCUGAAGAUGGACAUCGUUCAGUUUCAGCAAUUUGAAGGUGAAUCAUUAGCAGAAACAUGGGAACGAUAUCAAGAGAAAUUGAGGAAGUGCCCGUCCCAUGGCUUUGAUGAAGGGACUCUAGUCGUCAUGUUCUACAAUGCUUGCGGAGAGCGCACGAGGAUGUUCAUGGACACAGCAGCUGGAGGCUCCAUACUCAAGAAGGGAAGCGCGGACGCGAUGGAGAUCAUAGAAAGUAUGGCAGCUACCAGCUACCAAUGGCCGUCCGAGAGGGUGCAGCUGAAGAAAGUUGCUGCAGCAUCUAGCUCAGAUCCCCUGGUGAUGAUCUCGACUCAGCUGGCAGAGCUGAGUUCACAAAUUUCAGCAAUGUCUAUGAGAAAUCCUGAACCAGCUGUGGAGGAUCCGACAGGCAUAGAAGACGCCCACUUCAUUCAUGGGAGGAACUUCGGGAAUUUCCAGCGUGGACAGCAGAGUGGCUACAAUAGAGGACAACAAUAUCAGCAAGGAGGCCGCUCACACCCGAAUUUGUCAUAUGGGAAUCCCAACAAUGCAAUUCAACCUCCACCAGGCUUCUCGGUUACCAACGGAGUGAUAAACGAAGAGAAGAAGCCAAAUCUUGAGGAGUUGCUAAUGAAGUUCGUGGCCAAGUCCGACGAGAGGAUGGAAAAGUUGGAGUCCAAUGCUGCAGCUGUGGGAACCCAGAUGAAGAUGUUCGAGACCCAAUUGGGUCAACUGGCCAAUGCGUUUACAAAUCUACACCAAUAG